CAGGGCAGGCGUGCGAGGCGAGUGUAUGAUCCUCCAUGUUGUGCUGCUACCAUCUGACAAAGGCGCUGAGCUUGAGGAACAUUUUCAGCGUGUACGGGGCACUUAACCAGUUCGUGGGGUAGAUUCGAAGCCGUUUUGUCGACGAAAUCAUCUCCGUGAACGAGUGCUGAAGCGAGAGGCUCAGCGUUUGCGACGAGCCUCAUGCCGGACAGUUGCUCUGCUGUAGGUUGCACAAACCGGCGUAGUGCUGAAAACGAUGUUCGAUUUUUUCGGUUCCCUACGGAGAAGUUCCACAAACAACUUCGAAACAGAUGGAUCGCUGCAGUACGCCGUGUCAACCAUGAUGGGAAACCGUGGAAGCCGUCGAAGAACGCACGAAUCUGCAGCAACCACUUCUACAAAGGGGAGCCGUCGCGAGUGCCAUCGGAUCCGGACUAUGUGCCGAGUAUAUUCACGUACCGGCCGGCGCGCAGCGGCGUUCUUCCUCGGCAGCAACGGGCCUCGAGAAGACAAGAUGCUGCCAAUCUUGCAGCAACGGCCCCCAAUGUAGGUGCUGCUGGCGCUGCCAAAGCAGUACCCAACAGUGCCGAGUCAGUGCCAUUGCAUGCUGCAACCAUUCCAAACGACGGACGAGCUUAUCUUGCAGAGAGUUCCAGCCGCGGCGCGUUUGACCGUCACAGCGGUCUUCACUAGCAGGGUCAAAGUACUGGCGAAGAUGUUCAAGAGUAAAUGCUGGCGCAUCUCUAAAA